GUAGACAGAAAGAAAAUCCUCUCACUGGACGAAUAGUCACAGCAAAUGUAGAAAGAAUAGGAAGUAAUAAUCAGCAAAGCCUUUUGCCAAAGUUACUGGCUAAAGGCAUAAAAGGAUUCCUCCGACAAUAUGGCAGCCAAAGUGAUGUGAGCAGCAGCAGCCCAAGAGGAGGGUACUUUAGCAUUACCUUCAUCCUUUACUAGCUUCGGUUAAAUGUAAAACCUAGCUCAAGAUGACCACCACACAUAACGGUUUUAUCCAACAUCAAAUUUUGGCAAAUUUUGAUUUUGGUGUUUACCCAGCUUCCGGAUCUGUGAGCCCUUAUGACAGUCAGUCUGAUUUUAGCUCUCCCAAUUCCGAUCAAGAAAAUAUUGGCAAACACAGGAAAAAGAAAAGAAAAUGUAUCCAGCAACAAGUACAGCAAAGACAAGCUGCAAACCUGAGAGAAAGGAGGCGGAUGCAAUCUAUAAAUGAUGCGUUUGAGGGACUGCGUGAACAUAUUCCUACUUUGCCGUAUGAGAAACGAUUAUCUAAAGUAGAUACUCUCAGAUUAGCAAUUGGCUAUAUCAGUUUCCUCUCAGAGCUUGUGCAAACCGACUCUCAAACUAAGGAAAAUAUCAGCAACCAUAUCGGAGAGCAACCGAAGAAAGUGAUCAUCCACUGUCAUAGAGGGAUACACGAAGAGGAAGAACAAUACGGCCUCCCUCCUGUAGCGGGGCACUCCUUGUCCUGGACCGACGACAAGAAACCCCACAUAGGACCAAACAAUAUAAUGGUCGCCAAAAUUUGGACACCAGAAGAUCCAAGAAAAAACAAAAUUCAAACGGAAGCAGAUUGUUCAGGACUUCUUGACUCGACUCUUGACAUAUGAUAUACUGUCUGCAACAUGCAAAUAGUGGAGAAAGGGAAAGAUCCGUCUGCCAGCUUCACUAUCCAGAACUUCAAGAAGACUAAUACGUGAAUAGGAAUGUUAUUAUUUCAAAGAAAAGAGUCUUUUGUUAUAUUAUUUGCUCAGGUUUCAAUUUCAUUCCAGCCAAAAUGUUGUCAACUUUUCGUUGUCAGCAAACCUUAUGUAUGCUAAUGCAUCAUUGUGAAAUGAGUUUGAGGUGUUCAAUAAUGUUACAAGUGAACGCUAGUGUCAGCUGAUUACCAUCUCUGCAACAAAACGCCCGAUAUUCAUUACCGACUUGAACGAGUUUAUCCACAGACCAUCACCUGGGGACUCUAUUUUGGAGUCUGUGGUCUACCGAGUGCUGAACACUAAUCGAGACUGCAGUUUACGGUGUGCUGAACACUAAUCGAGACUGCAGUCUGCGGAAUGCUGAACACUAAUCGAGACUGCGGUCUUCUGCGGUUUGAACACGAGGUGAUGCUGCUGUCUACUGGACCCAAGAACAUAAAGAAGUUGUAAAGGAUCAAAGCAGUUUUGUGCUACCUGACUGUUUCAAGCUAUGGAGACACGAUGUUGACUUGUUACAAUUCAGUGCAAUGUUAUGUUUUGUUGUAAACUUUUACGGGGAUGGAACUUAUAGUCCUGAGGUCACGGAUAAGUGGAAUAAAUUUGUUAUUUCUAUUAAA